ACUCCCUAAACUCGACCGCAUUUAACAUUUCCCUAACUCACUCACUCACCCACAUCACAACAGAAACGGUCACGUAUUCUCCCCCUCUUCCUUCUUUUAGCUUGUCUGGGUCUACUGUCUCUCUUCUCUGUGACCACCGAACUGGAAGAUGCUGUGGCUACACGCGCUAGCCCUAGCUACGGCCAUGAACGACGUCGUUUUCGAGGCCGACGACAUCCGGUUCGGCACGCCCUUGUGGUUCGUCUACGCUGGGGUGUCGUGUCUGCUCGUGCUCUUCGCUGGGAUCAUGUCGGGCCUCACGUUGGGCCUCAUGUCGCUGGGCCUCGUCGAGCUCGAGAUCCUCCAGCGCAGUGGCACCACCGCCGAGAAGAAGCAAGCCGCGGCUAUUUUGCCCGUGGUGCAAAAGCAGCACCAGCUGUUGGUUACUUUGCUUCUGUGUAAUGCUUGUGCCAUGGAGGCCCUUCCUAUAUACCUGGAUAAAAUUUUUCAUCCCCUUGUGGCUGUUUUGCUGUCUGUAACUUUUGUUCUGACUUUUGGAGAGAUUAUUCCACAAGCAAUAUGCUCAAGAUAUGGACUCUCUGUGGGUGCGAAUUUUGUCUGGCUUGUGCGCAUUCUGAUGAUCAUCUGUUAUCCAAUUGCUUACCCUAUUGGAAAGGUUCUUGAUGCUGUACUUGGUCAUAAUGAUGCUCUGUUUAGACGAGCUCAAUUGAAAGCCCUUGUCUCUAUCCACAGCCAGGAGGCUGGUAAGGGUGGCGAACUCACACAUGAUGAGACAACCAUCAUCAGUGGAGCACUAGAUUUGACUGAAAAGACUGCUGAGGAGGCUAUGACACCUAUUGAAUCAACAUUUUCCUUGGAUGUCAAUUCAAAAUUGGACUGGGAAGCAAUUGGGAAAAUUCUUGCACGAGGCCAUAGCCGUGUUCCUGUCUAUUCUGGAAACCCAAAAAACAUUAUCGGUCUCUUACUGGUGAAAAGUCUUCUCACAGUACGAGCAGAAACAGAAACUCCAGUCAGUGCCGUUUCCAUUCGGAGAAUUCCUAGGGUUCCAUCAGAUAUGCCUCUGUAUGAUAUCCUCAAUGAGUUUCAAAAGGGAAGCAGUCAUAUGGCAGCUGUAGUGAAGGUCAAAGGAAAAGACAAGAACUUUAAGCUUAUAGGUGAAGGGGAGAAAUUUGAGGAAGACAAAGUUGCCAAUGGGAAUUCUCAACUGACUACCCCCUUGCUAACUGAUAAUGAGGAUAAAUCAGAAAGUGUUGUCGUUGACAUUGAUAAAUCUUCAAGAUCUAUAACAAACAAGCAAAAUGUUCAACAGUAUGGUGCUGCCAAAAACAGCUUCCACCAUUUAUCUGAGGAUAUUGAGGACGGGGAAGUCAUUGGUAUCAUCACCCUGGAGGAUGUUUUUGAAGAGCUUCUGCAAGAGGAAAUUGUAGAUGAGACAGAUGUGUAUAUUGAUGUACAUAAAAGGAUACGUGUGGCCGCCGCAGCCGCUGCGGCUGUAUCAUCUGUGUCACGUCCUCCAUCAAGUCGGAAGUUGACUGGUCAAAAGCCAGCAGGAGGUCAAAAUAGGCAAGGGCAAACCCCAAAGAAAAUUGUGGAGGAUGAUUCACAUUCCUUGAAGUUUUCAGGGAUUCCAGAGGAGCCUCUUCUGGGCAAGAGAUGAAUUAAGAGUGAGAUGAAUUAAGAGUUCGGCUUGGGAAAAAUAGCCAUGAAGUUGUAGGCUUUUAUUUCUGUAGGACACCUGCUAGUGUGGAUUGUAAAUUGUAUAGUUUUUAGGGUUUAUCAUUUCUGUGUCAUAUAUGUGCAUACUGAGAUUUUGUACUUUAGUAUGUGAAAAUUUGGAGAAAUAAAUCAUUAGUUGCCAUUGUCAGUUA